AUGUAUUUCCAUUGCGUAAUUCUUGUGGCUGCAGCAUUUUUGCACGCGGCCAAGGCUGGCAUUGAUCCAUGGGUUUCUCCAGAAUACAAACCCAUUUUUCAAGUUGAACUACCUAUUCCUCCAGAUCUCCCGCCGUCCACAUCUUACACCAAUACAACAACCGGAAAGUCGAUAGAUUUCUAUGAGAUAAACAUACAUGCCUUCGAAAGUCAAACCUAUCCUGGAUUGAAUACAACUACAUAUGUUGGUUACAAUGGUAUAGCACCAGGACCGACACUUCGUAUGACAAAGGGUAGGGAAGCUGUCGUCCGGUUUGUCAACAAUUAUGAUCGCAACUCAUCUAUACAUCUCCAUGGAUCAUACUCUCGAACACCAUUUGAUGGCUGGGCUGAAGAUGUUACUGAACCAGGAGAAUACAAAGACUACUACUAUCCCAACGCACAACCAGUUCGAACUUUAUGGUAUCAUGAUCAUGCACUCGGUAUAACUGCUGUCAACGCAUAUUUUGGUCAAGCUGGCUUCUACAUUCUUGAAGAUCAAGCUGUAUCAGAUCGACUUGGGCUCCCUACUGGCAAAUACGAUAUACCUUUGAUGCUAGCCGGCAAGCAAUUUCUUGCCAGUGGAAAGCUCAAAUCACCUGAAGAUGAGAGAGUCAGUCUAUACGGAGAUGUCAUAACCGUCAACGCACAGCCUUGGCCUUAUCUAAAAGUAGAGCCACGCAAAUACAAGUUUCGCCUUCUGGAUGCUUCCAUCUCAAGGACUUUCAGUCUUUAUCUCGUUGAAGACUCAAAACCAAAGGUUCCUCUAACCUUCACUGUUGUGGGAGCUGAUGCGGGCUACACUGAUCAUCCUGUUCCGACCACAAAUCUUGUCAUUGCAAUGGCUGAGAGAUAUGAAAUUGUGAUAGAUUUCGAUCAAUACAAGGGCAAAAAUCUCACCUUAAUGAACUCGAGAGACUUUCAAACAAAUCCAGAUUAUCCUGCCACUGAUCGUGUGCUUCGAUUUGUGGUUGGGAACGAUGUUACUUCGACUGUCAACAAUGGAGCCAUUCCUAGCCACUUGAGUGACCUCAACAUGCCAGAUCCACGAUCGCAAGUCGAUCAAGCCUUCACUUUUGAAAGAAAGAAUGGCCAAUGGCUUAUCAACGGGAUCGGAUUUGAAGAUAUUGCGAAUCGCGUGGUCGCGUUUCCACCUCAGGGUAAAGUACAGAGAUGGCGUUUGACAAAUAAAAGUGGAGGCUGGAGUCAUCCAAUUCAUAUUCAUCUGAUCGACUUCCAAGUUGUUUCCCGAGUCGGGUCGGGCCGACAAGGUGUCACACCUUAUGAGGCGGCGUCCCUGAAAGAUGUCGUAUAUCUAGGCACAAAUGAGGAAGUUGAGGUGAUGGCAAACUUUGCUCCCUGGUCUGGUGUUUACAUGUUCCACUGUCAUAACCUCGUACAUGAAGAUCACGAUAUGAUGGCUGCAUUCAACGUGUCCAAAGUCGACUUGACAACUUUCGGCUAUCCUGACACAAUCAACUUCAUUGACCCAAUGGCACCGCUUUUCCGAGCAAAGCCAAUCACAGGACCGACCGACCUCGGACAGAUUCAAAAUGUACUGCUUCCGUAUUUCCAAAAUCUCGAUGCUUACCCUGAUGGUCUUGUUAUCGAGCAAGCCCUGAAAGAUUACUACAAGAAUGGGGGACCAAAGACUAGUAAGCCAGUCACAUCGACUACAGUACCGACCACUUUAGCGACAAGUACCAAGAGUGAUGAUCCGCCGAAAACGACUUCAGCUACCACCAAAAUUGAAGAUAAGCCAAAAACAACGACAGCAUGA